UAUAUUCACAUUGUGUUUAUCAUGAAUUUUUGCCAUUUGUGUUUAGUAGUUUUUUUAUUUGAUUGUUGUAUUUUUUACGGUUACUUGUUUUGUCAUUUUUUACAAUGUUAUUUAGCAUUCAACUUAAACUGCAAAGCAUUUUUAUACCACACAUUUCUAAAUCUAAUGAAACAUGAUUACAUAGUUUUCUUGAAAUACUGCUUCUCAAGCUGCCUAAAUUUGAGUUGCUGUGAAAGGUUCCUGUAACACUCAAAGCAGCUAAGAUCCAGUGACAUAUCCAUCUAAAUUGCUCAUUCACUUUUUUCUUAUUUGUACUUUUUCAUAGUUUGUACAUAUGUUGACAUUUGUGUAACAUUUAUAUCAAAAAAAGAUUUUGUAGCGAUGAUAUGCAGUACUGUACAGCAGUCUUAAGUAUCCAAGAUUUUUACAUUAAUAUUGUCUUUUAUAUAUAUAUUCUUUUGUCUUUGUAUUUGUGCAGGGGUAAGAGCAAUUUUUUAUUUGUCUUUUCAUUUCAUAAGUUCUAUGAAAUUAUUUUUUAAUUUAAUUAAAAUUUGUUUUAAUAUAUCUUAUUUAUGAAGACACAUUCAAAUUAAAUCAUUCAAACAUGUCAAACCACAUGUGUGCAUGUCCCUCACUGCCAUUGGUGAGUUACCAUCGGUGAACGUCAGCCUAUUGGCCAAUAGUCGAUGGCAAAAAACUGUAUUUUGUCCGAUACCCAUACAUUAGUUACUGUUGCAGGACGAUUGUGUAUGGAACACCGUGAGUCUACAAUACACCCAUCGGCAGGAAGGUCACCCAGUAGGCUUAGAGUUCAGUUCAUAUUAGAAACAAUUACUACAGGUGACAUUGAGGUUCCCACUAGUCUGGUAGUUCGAAAGGUAGUGGUACAGUGUGCAUAUGUGUGUUUCAAAUUUGUGGAAUGUGAAUUUCCGUUAAUGUGUAUUAAUCUUAACAAUGAGAUUAAGGUGGUUUGGGGUUGCUAAAAUGAAUCUCUCUCUUAUAGACAUGAUGGAAGCCGUCCUGAGGUGUUUACAGGUGAGCCGCAGGUUGCUGCUGGUCUUGAGCCCAGACUACCUGACAGAGAAAAGUGUGAGUCUCCUGGAGUAUCGCCUGGGUCUGUACCUACAGAACACCUCCCAGGCUCACAUCAUCACCAUCCUCUACAAGCCUGUCCCAGCCUACUGCACCAAGUCUUUGGACAUACGACGCACUACCACCAUCACUUGGAGAGGGCGCCAGUCUGAACCGCCCAACUCAAGCUUCUGGAAGCGUCUGCGUUUGGCUCUACCUGUUCGCUCUCUGUCCCUAGGAAGGAGGCUCAUCGACAGCUCCUCCUCACACUUGGACCUGGCCUUGGUGGCGCUGCAAUGCCAGCAUGGCACAGCUCCCCCGCAUAGACAAAGCAGGGCUAUGGCCAGAGGAAAGAGACAGAGACAGGGGUGCACUGGAGGCCAUAAGUGUAGACGGACUGAGCACAGUAACAACUCUAUAAUGCGUCGCUACUUGGCAAGUCAAAACUGUGUGGUUUUAAAUGAGGCUGUGGGAUCCUCAUUUUACCAGCCUUCACCCCACAACACAUCUGCAACCAACCGCACAGCCAAUGACAUCGUCAUGACAAACAACCCAGAAACAGCUGACUCCACAGACACAACUAAUGCAACGCACAGAGAUAGCUAUUUCCUAUUCAACCACACGGACAAAACAAACCGUACUUCUAAAUGCAUAGACUCAGCCAACAGCUUGGAAACGGUUAAAUGCACAGCUGGCACAUCUCAGGAUCAACCCCGUUCUUUAUCAACCACAACACUCUGAUAGCUGCUUUAGGAUCUUCGGUGGAUAACAGCUCUUUUAUAGAACAAUUCAUUUAUUUUAGUGGGGGGGGGGGGGGGGG